AUGCCGGAUGAGCCGCGUCGCAUUAUCUUGGAGAAAUCCAAGACCGUUAAACGCCGGUACCAGCGCAGCAACCAACGAUUCCAGUUCACCGCAUCCCAGAUCGCGCGGCUAGAUCGCGAAGAGGAACGAGAAAAAAGAGCAAAGAAGCUACGCGAGAAGGAAAAAAAGCGCAUUGCCAACAAGAAACGGAAAGCUGAGCAGGAGGCGCAAGCUCGUGAGGAGCGGAAGCGUCGCGGCAUCCCGGAUCCCCAUGCAGCCCGCGUCCCGUCGAGUCAGCCGCUGCUGUCGAUGUUUUUAGGGGCUGGGAAGCGAGAGUCACCUGCUAUACCCGAGCCUGCGCCUGCCAUUACGGAGGUUGAAUCACAUGAUAACGAUUUGGAAAGCGUGAGCGGAGAUACGGAGGCUGCAUCGGAUGCUUUUGAUGACUUGGAUGAGGUAUUGGAAAAAGAAAUAUCUGGGCAAGACGCUGCGGCCCCAAAAGAGCUUGAAGGCCAGGAUAUCAGUACCGCAACCCGACCUUCAUUCAAUGAUGAGGAUGAAUUCUCGGACUGCUCAGUUUUCAACGACGAAGACAUUAUAAAAAAGGCUGAGAUGGCUACCACGCGAACGACUGACGAAGAAACGAAGAACACCUCUAUACCCAAGGAAUCAUCCACCCUACGACCUCCCCCGGCUGUGCUUACGCUAGAAUCAUCUUUCGGAGAUUCUUUCCAGUUCGACCCUGCCGAUUUCCUCGAAGCUGAAGCGGCUAUGAUCACAAAAACCAGUAGUGGAACGAGAGACCAUUCUCCACCCAAGGAUACCUCCCUUUUACAGCCUGAAUUGUCUGAUCGACCAUGCAGUAGACCCACAUUGGUGUCUUCUUUAGGAGAUUCCUUUCGUGACGAGACUGCGGAUUGGAUUGAAGAAGCAUUUGCACACGGAAACGGCGAUCCUUUUGAACAAAUUAAUAAAAACCCUUAA